AUGCUCGGUAAUUUGGGGUUACAACGGCCGCAGCGCGGUUUCUGGCGGUGCAUUAAGAGGUUUAACUCGACUAGUCCACCGCGUCCCCUACAGGUGACCAACAGCGGUACCACCCCGGCACCGUUCCAGUUUGCGAACGUGCGGCAUCCGCAAAACACUGAUGGGUUCUCUGUGUUGAAGCCGAACGAGAUCACAAGGAGUUAUACGCUACACUGCCUCUUCACGAAGAACAACACACACUUCACGUAUGCGGCGACCGUGGAGGACACGAACUACCUGGCGAUGCACCCUGACCUGUCGUACAACGCCAAGUUCCAGUACUACGCUAAACUACCCUCCAAAGUGAAGAUCGCCAUCUCUACUGGGUGUCUUGGUUUCCGGAAGGCCGCGCGUGGUGAGUACGAGGCUGCCUUUCAGACGGCUAGUAAAAUGUUCAAGACGAUACAGGAGAAGAAUUUGCUGAACCACCCGAUUGACAUUGUCAUGAAGGAUUUCGGGAAGGGCAGAGCCGCUUUCAUCGCUGCUUUGAACGGUAAAGAGGGUACUUUCGUCAGGCCCAAGAUAAGAACGAUCAGCGACGCAACACCGUUGAAAUUCGGCGGUGUACGUUCCCCACGGAUAAGAAGACUGUGA